ACAUACACCACUGCAGCCAUCAACUAUAUGUGUAACUGAUCACGACAGGUUUAUGGUGACGUGCACUUUCAUUUUUAUGGUAGAAAGUUAAGUAACUAUUAAAUACAAGUAUUUCGAGAUAAUAGCAGAUUAGAUUUCUUCUGUGCAUUAUUCAUAAAAAAUUAAAACUACACAAAUGGUGCGCUUGCAGCAGAACACAUAUGCUACAUUGUUAAUAUCUUGCAGAAAGGUCUCCUAAGAGAGGAGUGCCUUUAAUAAGUGAUUCUUUACUUAUUAGUUAGGUACUAAGAGUCCUGAAAAUGACUGAUAAUCGUGGGAAUUUCUCAAUCCCAACAAAUCAAAGUUCCAGCAGAUCAUUUAAUUCUCUACGUUUGGAGUUUGGACCUAUCAAUGACGUUCAGAAUGAAAUGUCAGAAAAACGAAGACCAUUGAAAUGUAGUUUUCAGACACAAGGAAGUGAUAUGACAUUAAUUAAUUCAACAAAUUCUUCCCUUUCCAAUUCGAGUAGUGGAGCUACAGCAGCAUGCCCACCUAUAUCUUUUCGUCCAAGUUUGCCUUUAUCUUUGCCAAAACUGCCACUAAGACCACGUUCUGCAGUUCCAGCAGAACUCCCUGAUAAAGCAAGGGAUAAGUUACGAAUGUGUCAGUCCAUGCAAAGUACUGGAAAAUUACAGCUAUCACCGAAUAUGAUAUAUGAUUUUACAAGUGAAGAUCUUCAAGAUCUAGGGGAAAUAGGACGGGGAGGAUUUGGUACUGUAAAUAAGAUGAUUCAUAGGAUAAGUGACACUGUUAUGGCUGUGAAGAGAAUUCGUUCCACAGUGGAUGAAAGGGAACAGAAACAACUAUUAAUGGAUUUAGAAGUUGUAAUGAAAUCCAACGAGUGUCCAUGCAUUGUGCAAUUUUAUGGAGCUUUAUUUAAAGAAGGUGACUGUUGGAUUUGCAUGGAACUGAUGGAUACUUCAUUGGAUAUAUUUUAUAAAUUUAUUCAUGAGGUAUUGAAGGAUAGAAUACCAGAACGUAUUUUAGGAAAAAUUACUGUUGCCACAGUGAAAGCAUUGAAUUAUCUCAAAGAAGAGUUGAGAAUAAUUCAUAGAGAUGUAAAACCUAGCAAUAUUCUAUUAGACCGACAUGGUAAUAUAAAACUGUGCGACUUUGGUAUAUCAGGACAAUUAGUAGAUUCAAUUGCACGCACUCGAGACGCUGGAUGUAGACCUUACAUGGCUCCAGAGAGGAUAGAUCCUCAGCGCGCAAGGGGCUAUGACGUGAGAAGCGAUGUAUGGUCAUUGGGAAUUACAUUAAUGGAAAUUGCUACAGGUUAUUUCCCCUAUCCUAAGUGGAAUUCAGUAUUUGAGCAGCUUUAUCAAGUAGUUCAAGGUGAUCCACCAAGGUUAUCGCCCAAUGAAAAUGGAAACCACUUCACUAUGGAUUUUGUAAACUUUGUGAACACAUGUUUAAUUAAAGAAGAGACACAACGGCCGAAGUACAACAAAUUAUUAGAACAUCCCUUUAUCAGGAAAGCGGAAGAAGACACGGUAGAUGUUGCUGCAUACAUAAGUGGUGUUCUUGAUAACAUGGUUCUCAGGGGUUUGACGCCUUUUACCACUAAUCGACAUUAAAUUAAAAAACAUAAGGAUAUAAACAUUUGUACCUUAAUUUCUAUUACUUUUUUGAAAUCUUCAAUCUGAUUAUUGUAAAUGAGCAGGUCAUUUGCACUUUGGUCUAGUAUAGAUAGUAAAAUUAAUCGACAUCGAUCAUUGUUGAUAAUAAAUAAUUUUGUGUAGAAUCAUAUACUGUGGUGUUACAGAAUCCUUAUAUACAUAAAAAUUAGAAGUGUUCUAACAAGUUAAAAUUUAUUAAGUAAUACAUAGAAUGAACAUUUUCAAUUGAUCUUUCAUUUGAAAUUAUGACAAGAAGAUUGUAAUUUUAUUACCUGCUUUAUAUUAGAAACCCUGAAAAUAAAAGUGUUGUAACUCCAUAGCUACGAUAUUUGUUACAUGUAACGACAGAAGAACCAAUUCGGUUAUUUGAGCUUACAUCCUUCUCAUUCUCAAGGUUUCAUAUCACAAUUUGUGACAUGUGUUACAAUUGAGUCGAAAUCAUCAAAUCCUUCCACUGGAUUUCAAUCGAAUUUUUGAAUUCGUUGCAGCGUACUGCAAUAUUAUUUCUCAAUUUUUCACAUGUCAAUCAUGUUAUGUAUUGUAUCAAAUCAUUCAUAUAAAUGAAAGAGCAUGUGAAGAAAUAUGAUUAUUCUUAUUGUAGUAUACGAGAGAGAAAUGUAAAUUUAAAAUUUAUUGUCUUGUUACUACCGCAAAAUUAAUCCAUAUUAUGCUAUACUACAAUAUGAAUAUCAGCUUCCCAGUAGUUAUGUUCCUUCUUUUUUUGAACACGUGUAAAACUGAUUCUACCACGUUUUAUUCCAAAGUUGAAAUGGUUUGAGUAGAAUUGUUAUAUAAUGAUUCUGAUAGAAAUGGUUCUAAAAAAUCAGAGUGAUGUUAGAUCAAAUAGAAUUUAAUUUGUAAUUGUUUCAAUUACGAUUUUGUAGAAUUUUCUAUUUUGGAAACUAAUGAAGUUUUAAAUUCAUAAAGGAAUGUGAAUGCGAAGCAGAUAUAUUUCAAGGAACAGUACAGAUCUAAAUCAGAAUCGAUUAGUAAUCGUUAUGUAACGACCCAUACAAAAUUACCAGAGACCUUUUUACCCAUAGCUGUUGUUAUAAACAUCAUUUUGAUUUUGGUGACUAUCGAAAAUCAGAACCAAUUUAUAGCCAUUUUUAAUCGCUUUUCUUAUUCGAUUUUCUUGUUCAAAUUAAGAAUUAAAAUAAACAUGUACGAAUACGCAAAAUAGCGCAGUUCCUUCGUUAAAUUGUAUAUGCGUAUGUAUAUAUACGUACUGAUAAAUAAUAUGUAUAAAUAUUAUUAUAGGUCUAACAUUCGUAUGAACAUAUGUGCACAGAGUGUAACAGAAUGAAAAAAAAUUUAAUAGUAACACUUGGCUAUAAAAUUUAAAUUGUUGGGAUGAGAUGUGCAUUAUAAGACAAUAUUGCUAAAGAGAGAUAAUAACGAACGAUACUGAGAUAUUGUGAAUACUAGGUGAAAUUAAUAAGCAUUUUUCAAAUAUAUGUGGCUGACUGUCAUUUUGAUUCCUUAUGAUUUGUGUGGCAGCGUAAGGCGCAAUCAAAUUCUACUAGUCAUAUUAUAUUUAUAAUCAUGUAUGUAUUAAAUUUAUACUUAUAAAUUUGAUCAUUGUUGAUUAUACUUACAGAUAUAUUUAUUUUUGUGGCUUUUUUCUAAAUUUCUGAGUUUACAGGAUUUUUAAUAUAAUUUACAUAUCUAGAUUCUUGAUUGGGAUCAUUUCUAAAAUAAAUUAAAGGAUAACUAUAGAUAAAAUAAUGUAUAUGAGCAAUAUUUUCGCAAAUGACGUUACUUAUUUCAUAGAAUUAUCAUAAAAAUCAAUAAUCGAUAUUUGUAAUCGAUAAAUAUAUGUGUUCACUUACACAUGUAUUUAGAUUUGGAAAAUGUUGACAAUGGAUACUUAUUGUAAAACAAGUAAUUCACUCUGUGUACAUAUGAUGGUAUGAUGUACACUUGCGCGAUUAUGUAAACUGUAUAUACGCAUAAGUCAUUAGACUUAAUGUUUACUUAUAUCAACUUUUUUUAUUAAAAUUUAAAUGCAUAAUUCGGUAGAGUGGAAUUGAUAAAAGACAAUUGACACGUGCAAUGAAAACUGAAUUUUUUCUGUUGUUGUACCAGACACUGGAUACAUCACAUCUGCUAGGAAAUAUUUUGUUAUUUGUUAACCAAACUUUUGCGAAUCAUUGGCAAUAUUCGUUUAUAUAAAUUGGCAAUCAUUUUGACAAAUGUAUUAGUUUAAUGAUUUGUAUUAUUUCUUCUACACGUGUAUGCAAUAAAACAAUUUCAUAUGCUUCUAAAA